AUGAACUCACUCAUUGUUGUUCUUUUGAGCAGCCUCCUUGUAGCAGCAGAGUCUUUGCAAUGCCUGUGGAGCCUCUCCCUGGCCGCCGUGGACGUCUACGCGCUUCUUGUGAAGCGCUCCUUCCGGACACCCCGAGCUACCACCAUAUAUUCCACCGGGGACUGGGUCACUGGAGCACUGAGCUUCGCCGCAGCGAGUGGGUCGGCCGCCAUGACCACUCUCAUCAACAACGACCUGCUACUGUGCUCGGAGAACCACUGCCCGACCUUUAUGGCCGCCACCGCCAUGGCUUUCUUGAGCUGGUUCGCCAUCGCGCCAUCCUGUGUCAUUAACCUCUGGGCGGCGGUCUACGCAGUGCAGAGAGCUUAG